CUUGUAAACUUGAGUCCAAAACCAUGAAGAAAGUUGCUGAAACCUUCAAGAAGACGAUUCUACUCGUCGUCUUUCUCGCCCUCUGUGCUGUCUUAGUGGCUGUGAUUCUUGGAGGAUCAAUUCACCACCACCAACACGAGCAAGAACACCACACAAUUCUUCUCGAGAAAACCUGUGCCAAGACCCUGUACCCUUCUCUCUGUCGGGACACUCUGUCUUCCCUUCCUGCCACCAAGAUAGCCACCCACCCACGAAACAUCCUAGAGAUUGCAAUCAAUUACGCCCUGAAAUCGAUCAAGAAAUGCCGAUCAGAUAUCUUGGAUAUUAUUAUCACUCGCCAAGAUCUGAAUUCGCACGAAAAGAAUGCUCUCCGUGACUGUAUUGAGAUGCUGCAACAGACCCUUUACGAGCUCCGACAAACCCUUCAUGGAUCCCAGUCGUCCAACCUGAGCUUGGGCUACGCCCUUGCCAGCAACCUCAAGACCCUACUCAGCGCAGCCAUGACCAACGAGAACACAUGCAUAGAUGGAUUAUCCGACAUCGAAGAAGCUGACCGAGAAAAUCAAAGUCAAAGCCAAAGCCAAAAGAGUCUGAAGGAAAAACUCCAGAGCAUAUUGACGCCCAUAUCUCACAUGAUCAGCAAUUGCUUGGCCAUGGUCAAACACCUGGAGACCAGCACCAGUCACAGCCACAGUCGGAAGUAUUCAAUUACCAAAAUGCCCCUGUCAUUCUCAUUCCCUGACUGGAUGUCCUACGGAGAACGGAAGCUGAUGGAAGCAGCGCCGGAAAUAAGGCCGAACGUCAUCGUUGCCGGUGAUGGCAGCGGGGAUUGCCGGACAAUUGGGGAUGCAGUGAGAAUGGCACCAAAGAUGAGCUUCAAAAGGUUCGUGAUCAAGAUCAAGGUUGGGAUGUACAGGGAGAACGUGGAGAUAUCUAGAGAGAUGACGAAUAUAAUGUUGAUUGGAGAUGGAAUGAAUUCCACCAUCAUCGCUGGAAGCAGGAAUUUCGUCAAUGGAUUCUCCACCUUUACUUCCGCAACCCUAACUGUGGUUGGAAACAAGUUCUUAGCAAGAGACCUGACGGUGAUCAACACAUCAAGUCUGGACAAACACCAGGCAGUAGCCGUGCGAGUAACUUCCGAUUCGGCUUUCUACCGCUGCAACUUCUCUUCCUAUCAGGAUACCCUAUACGCACAUUCUUUCCGGCAAUUGUACCGUGAAUGCACGAUUCAGGGAACCAUCGAUUUUAUAUUUGGGAAUGCAGCGGCGGUUUUCCAGAAUUGUUUGAUUCUCGUCCGAAGACCAAACCCUGGGCAGAUGAAUAUGAUCACCGCCCAAGGGAGAGAUGAUCCGCAUCAGAACACCGGUUUCUCCCUACAGAAUUGUACCAUCUUGGCUGCGCCGGAUCUCCGGGAGUCCCUCGGGUCAAGCCGGAUUUCUACUUACUUAGGGCGGCCGUGGAGGAACCAUUCUAGGGUUAUGGUGAUGAAGAGUUACGUGGGGAGCUUCAUAGAUCCAAGGGGAUGGCACAAGUGGAACCGGUACAGUACAGUUGACACGGUGGAGUACAUUGAGUGUUGGAACCGUGGACCUGGGUCCCACACGGGUGCCCGUGUGGCAUGGGGAGGGUAUAAAAGGAAUUGCAGCGAAGUAAUAGCCAGAAAGUUUACGGUGGGAAACUUCUUACACGAAACUGAUGAUUGGCUAGGAUCACUGGGUUUUCCUUUUCUUUAUGAUACUUAA